UUUGUGCAGUGAAAUACGCAAGUUGUCGUGAGUGUAUCAUAAACACUGCUUAAUAUAUUUUGUUUAUAGUUUUUUUGGUUGUGAUUUUAAAGCAAAAGUUUGCUUUUUUUCUCAUAAAGACUUAGACUAAAUUUUAAUAAAAAAAUAUGAAAUUAUUCAUUUUACAAGUUGCACUUUUUUGUGCUGUAGCUUAUGGUGCAAGUGUUCCCGAAACAGACGAGAAAUCAUCAGAGGGAGAUGAAUUCGUCUUGCCUAGUGGCAUACCAACCUGCAGUGCUGAUGAAGACAAACUAAAUGAAUGCCUUAAAAAUGUUUUCCAAGAAAUGCUUCCAAAAUUACACCAUGGAAACAAAGAACUUAACAUUCCACCAAUUGAUCCCUUUGCAUUGAAAAAUACCAAAUAUGAUUAUUCGAAUGGAGUUCUUUCGGGACGAGUUGCACUGAAAGAUGCUAAAAUUUAUGGAGUAAGUCGUUCAGAAGUCAAAGAUGUUCGUUUCACUCUUAAUGAAGAAGGUACCCAUAUGGAAGUUGAUACAUUCACACCACGUCUAUAUGUCGAAGGAAAUUAUAAGGCUGAUAUGAAAAUCAAUGAAGUUAAAAUGAACCCCAAGGGAUAUUUCAAUGUCACAAUGUCUGGUGUUAAUUUCACUCAGCUUAUGGAUGGUAAAUUCGAAACUAAAAAUGGCAAACGAUUUUUGAGACUUGUUAAAUUCGACAUGGAUGUUGAUAUUGAAGAUAUGAAAAUCUAUGCCGAUGGAUUGUUCCCAGAUCCAACUUUGAAUGCUAUUGUCUUGGACUUCAUCAACCAAUACUGGCGUGAAAUUUACAAAGUCAUUAUUCCCGAAACUCGAUCAUAUUGGGAACCUCUUGCCUUGAAUGCAAUGAAUGAGUUCAUGUUGCAUGUUCCAUUCGAUAAGCUUAUUACCAAAACCAAAAAUUAGAUUUAAUUAAUAUUAUUAUUAUUCUUAGGUGUUCUGUUUUUUUAUAGAAUUAUAUUUACAAAAAAAAACUGUGUUAUUGCCCAUGAAAAAAAACUAUGAUUUCAUUUGUGAUGAUCUUAUGUAAUUUAACACGCAGGUUAAGGUUAAAAAUGAAAAAUGAACAUAACUUACCACAUUCAUACGUUAUACAAAUCAAGAACCCAAGUGCAUAAGUGAAUGAACCAAAAUUAGGUGAAUGACGCGCGCGACUAUGAUAUAAAUAAUAAUAAUAAAAAACAAUCACGCAUA